UCUUCUUUCCUGUUUUGAUUCUCCUUUCCUCCCUAUUCGGUAGCUUAGGAAGAUUUCAUAUCUCAUCUCUAAGGGUUUCAGAACACUGAUCUUCCCUCCUCCCUUCCCCAUACUUCUGGGUACAUCAGAUCAAACUGUCCCAAAUCUCCUCCAGAGGGAAUAUCUACUGAGAAAUCCUCAUGAGGCCUCUCUCACGAGUUCCUUUACAGCCUCCAGGAAGAACACAGAAUACCUCAGCGUCUUAUCUGCCGGGAGCCAUCUGUCUCACCCCCAGAGAGGUCUUCACCAACAGGUCAAUAAAGGAAGCGCGUCAGCUGGGUGGCCGUGGUUGGGAAGAAGAGGUGAACAAGCUCGGCACGGUCUGUGGAGGUGUCGGCCUCGCUCCCCACGGCCUUCUCUGUUUCAGACUUAACAAAAUGUCUUUCUUCUCAUCAUGGAUGAAAGCUAUUUUUGUCAUUGCCUUGCUGUUUCCUCUGCAUUCUGAAACUGGUCUUUCACAGCCACCAUCAAUGGGGAAUAAGAGACCACCAAACUGUGACAUAUAUAAAGACGUUUUACAUUGCACCAAUACGUGGAAUCCAGUCUGUGCAACCGAUGACAUCACUUAUCACAACAUAUGCACUUUCUGCCAGCAAAAAUUGUAA